GUUGCAAUUGAUCCGAUCCGCGAUGGACCGACAUUCGUUACCGUACGAACUCCAGCGAAGAGUACUCCAAUUCCACCUGUACAGCUACAUGAACCACGACUGCCACACCUACUAUCAAAAGGAAAAAUUCCCCCUCCCCAUAUCAAAACGGAAAUCUGUGAUGCAGAUUUGUUGUCACAAAUCAGCUUUGUCAUGCUACACGGGAAAAGAUGCGGACGGUAGUGCUCGGUGGCGUGGGGGAGCCUUGCACCUUCAGCAUGAUAGGAGGCAGCUGAGAGUGGGAAACAUCAUGACAAAUUGCCUGCAAACGAGACCACGACUGCGGCUCUUGGCCUUCUAGCAUGACAAGUCGACUUGGUACCUCAAAUCCUGCAUCACAGAUUUCCAUUUCGAUAUGGGAGGGGGGGGCUUUUCCGUUUGAUACCUACGACCGGUUGUUGGACGCGACGGCGUUGUCCACCAAUUUGAAAGUGGAAAUCAAGCUGUGGAUUUUCCGGGGGUUGAUUCGCCACGUGCCGUUUUUCC